CACGUCCGCGUCUCCGGGGCGCGCCAGCAGUGGGAAAGCAAUGGGUUGUACGUAAAGACGGGCGAAUUCUGCAACGGAGCCAACCACUACGAGUGCUCGAAUUGUAUCUUUACCCCCCGUUCGGCCCGACACUUGUGGUUAAAGGAGGAGCAUAAGGAUUACAUGUGUGGUCACUGUUACGGUAAUCCGACUCACAUUGUUUUGACUAGUUGGGUCAUUAAUGAGGACAAGGCGGGCUGCAACUCAAUAUAUUACAUUUUAGAGUCUUACUGCGGGAAUGAUUUGUUUUGUAGUAAAUGGAAAGAAGCUUUUCUGAACGAGACAAAUUCUGACGUGAAUUAUAACGUUACCGUCGAGUGCGUCGACGAGGACCUGUGCGGCCCUGGAUAUCGCAAUGCGAUGCGCCGCGCCUGGAACUGGAUGUCGUGGCAGUGCUCGCGCCCCCUAUUCUCUUAUGGAAACUCUGGGAGUGGAGAGUACUGGAGAGUCGAUGUCAGCGCAAAAUUUAUUAUUUGGGUGCUGUCCGUUUUGUGUCUCAGCCAGGCGUUGUUAUGGAGCAUAGUGGCACUGUGCGAGAGAGUAUUCGACGCGCGGCACGCAAUUCGCCAGAGCGCGAGUGAUUUAUACGAUCGGUUCUUCAAUGUCCGCGAGGUCGCUCGCCUGCGGACAGCCCUCGCGGCCGAGCGCGCGCGAGCGGACCACCUGGAGGGAGCGCUCGCGACGCUCCGCGGCAUGAACCACAUGUGCACGGCGCUGGCGAACCGCGUCGGCGCAUAUAACAGCUAG